CUUACGGACUUUGUCGUCAUGGAAACCGGAGUCUGGAAGCGGACACGAGGACCACUGAAGGUGGAAUGACCUGCGCAGACUGCAUCCUUGACACCUUCCUGCGACGCUGAGAGAAUGCUGUGGAGAAUAACCAUCGCGGUCAUAUUAGCUGGAGCGCUCUGCAUCACGGCAGAAAGCAAAAAGUCCCGGCCGCAGGGCUACAUCCCGUCGCCGUACAAGACCAAAGCCAACCUGUCCUCCGAGCGUCACCAGCAGCUCCUGCAGCCCAAGCCCGAGGUGCUGUCGUCCAGCCGCGAGGCCUUGGUGGUGACCGAGCGGCGCUACCUGCGCAGGGACUGGUGCAAGACCCAACCCCUGCGCCAGACCAUCAGCGAGGAAGGCUGCCGGAGCCGCACGGUGGUCAACCGCUUCUGCUACGGCCAGUGCAACUCCUUCUACAUCCCCCGGCACAUGGGGCCCAGCCACAAUCGAGGACAAGGAAGGAAAGGCCACAAUAAGGCCCAGGAGCCCUUUCAGUCGUGCUCCUUCUGCCGGCCGCACCGCGUCACGCAGCUCACCGUGCAGCUGGAUUGCCCCGACCUGCAGCCCCCUUUCCGGCACCGCAAAGUGCAGAGGGUCAAACAGUGUCGCUGCAUGUCGGUGGACGUGAGCGGCCACGGAAAGCUGUGAAGACCCUUGGCGAAAACUCGCAAAUGAUGCCCCCCUCCCGGCCACCCCUCCAAAAAAAGCGCCCCUCUCUUUGCUUGGAACUUAAUGAAACGCAGAAGGAGAAGACACUGAUUCAAUCACAGACUCGAGGACGUGUUAAGAGACUGUUACGUUUUGAUGUGGGCCUGAUAUUUUCCUUUGUUGCCAGGGGAAAGAGUCCAAAA